CCACUGUUUUUUCUUCUUCUCUCUUGGCUUGUCUCUUUAUAGAGAAGGUUCCAAUGCAGUAAAUUCCAUUUGGUUCUUUUUCUUUUUUUCUUUUUUCCCUUCUUUCUUCUUCUUCUUCUUCUUCUUCUUUAGGAUCUUCCAUCAAUCCUAACCCAAAAAGCUCUUUCUUUUCAAUCCCAUUUUGAAUCUUCCCCUUCUGUGUUGUGCUUCAAAAAAAACAAAAAAAAAAAACAAAAAACAAAAAAAAGGCCUUAGAAUAUAUAUCUUUUUGUUGUUUGUUGGAUCUGUAUAUAUAAAAUUUUAUGUAAAUAAGUUUUGUGAACGGUUGGUUUUCAUUUUCCCCUUGAGAAACCUUCAACACAGCUGACCAGAGGAAUAAAAAAACAAAUUUUUUCUGUAAAAAAUUUGAAAAUUUUUCCUUCACCCCACUAUUUCAUCUGCGUUAGUUAAAAAUAUUUAUCUUUUUUUUCUUUCUGUGCCAUUCAAGUCUUUUUAAAGGCUUGUUUUGGUCACAUUUCAUGGCUACCGGAGGCUGGUGUGGUUUAGGCCCUUUGCUGUUUCGUAAAAAGGCUUAUGGACUCGAGACUCAUUCUUCUCUUUCAUUUUCCAUCUGUCCUAUGGGGAAGUGGGUUUGCUUAAAGAAGACAAUGAAGAGCUCUUCUUACGUGUUCUCAAAGACAUAUUCUAAGAAACUGAAGCUUUCCAAAGGUGCUAGAAGUAAGAAGUCUUCAGGAUGCAAAGAUAAUUUUGUUCAAAUGAUGGAGCUAAGGAAGAAAAUUUUGAUUCUUAGAGAUAUCAUUGAUUUGCCUUCUUUAGAACGCUCUGCUUCUAUAAAUGAGCUGGUGGUGGGAACGAUGGAAGAUCUUCAAAAGCUUUAUCCCGAAAUCAUUUCGGAUAUCCAAUAUUCCGAAAUGAAGACGACAUGUAUUGAACAGAGUCUUGCCUACUUCUGCACUGCACUGAAAUCGAUUGGCGAUUCGUGGAUGCUGAACCAUGAGUGGAGAGACAAAUCUAAAUAUAAUUUGUCAUCAUUUCAGGAAAACUCCAGCUUCCAAGAAAUUGUUGAAUCUGUGUUGGGUAUUAUUGAUUGCAUCGUUAGUAUGGCGAACGAAAGGUUUGAUGCGAUGGACGAAUUUGUUAACUCAAAGGACUCUUCUUAUUCAAGAACUAGUUCCUUUGGUAAGAGCUCAAGUUCGACAGAUUCAUGCUCCGAAACCAAUAGCUCUUGCUGCUCUUCGCCAGAAACUCCGACAUCCGUCCUUGCAAACUUUCGAAACAGUGAAAGAAAAUCUUCUGAAAAGGAGAAAGUCUCUUGUAGCUCUCCCCUUUUAUGGUCUCUUAGAGUUCAAGCAGUGGAAAAGUUGAACCCCAUUGAUGUCAAGCACCUUUUGCUUCCUAGGUUGUCUCACUGCGGAGUAAAUGUCUGCCCCGCCCCAACCAGAGUGGCGAUCGUUGAGGAAUCAAUGAUGGAUUUGGAUGACAAGCUCCCCUCUGAAAACACUGAUGCUGCUGAUGCAAAUAAUGAAAUGGAAGUGUGUGAUAUUAAAGAAGAGAAGGAUUUGAGCAAGGAAGCUAGUCAAAAGGCAGAUAGAAAUGAGGAAAUCGAAGUGUUUGAUAACAAAGAAGAAAAAUUGAAUUUAAGCAGGACAGCCAGUCUAAAAGCAGAUAGAAAUGAAGAAAUUGAAGUGAUUGAUAUCGAAGAAGAGAAGUUGUGUUUGAACAGGACAAAUAGCCAAAAGGACAUUGCUGAGAGAACCGAUGAUUUUGAUUCCCAAGCUACUGCAACUGUUCAAGAAUUGCCUACGUCAGAUUUACCAACUGUUGUAUCAAAGCCCUUACCGCUGCUACCCCCGAUGGCUCCCCCUCCCCCUCCCCCCCCACCGCCUGCCCGAGAUCUGGAACCCUCCCUUGUCACCCUGCAACUGCCAACGCCAACGCCACCACCUCCACCACCACCACCAAUGAUGCAACAAAAUGCAGUAUUAGCUCAACAACUUUCACAGCCACCUCCUCCACCUCCAGUGCCUCAGAUGAAAGCACAGCCUGCUGCAGCAGGGCCAAAUGUGCCUCCUCCACCUCCACAAUUGUUAAAGGUAAUCGAAACAGCGAUCAAAGUCAGUGUACCACCACCACCACCACCAUCAAACACUACUGGAACGAUGGUGAGAGCAGGUGUACCGCCACCUCCACCUAUGGCGCCCUCAAAAGGGCGUGCAGGUCCAGCACCACCCCCUCCUGGGAUGGCCCAAGGCAAUGGGUUUGCUCCACCACCACCGCCACCAGGUGGUGCAUUAAGGUCCUUGCGCGCCAAGAAAGCCUCUACCAAACUAAAAAGAUCUCAUCAUUUGGGAAAUCUUUACCGGACACUCAAAGGAAAGGUGGAGGGAUCCAAUCAAAAUCUUAAAUCGGCUAAUGGAAGGAAAGGUGGCGUCGGGAACAGUAACGGAGGAAAACAAGGAAUGGCUGAUGCAUUGGCAGAGAUGACAAAAAGAUCAGCAUACUUCCAGCAAAUUGAAGAAGAUGUUAAAAAACACGCAAAAUCGAUCACGGCGCUUAAACCUUCCAUUUCAUCUUUCCAAUCAUCAGACAUGAAGGACCUGCUCCUUUUCCACAAGCAAGUGGAAUCUGUACUAGAGAAUUUAACUGAUGAAUCACAGGUACUAGCAAGGUUUGAAGGAUUUCCCAUAAAAAAGUUGGAAACUUUGAGAAUUGCAGCAGCAUUAUAUCUAAAAUUAGAUACAAUUGUCUUUCAGCUACAGAAUUGGAAGUUUGUUUCUCCCAUGGGAGCGCUUCUGGACCGAGUCGAAAACUACUUCACUAAGAUCAAAGGAGAAGUCGAUGCACUUGAACGAACCAAGGAUGAAGAAUCAAAGAGAUUCCGGGGUCACGGUAUUCAAUUUGAUUUCAGUGUGUUAAUACGGAUCAAGGAAUCAAUGGUGGACGUUUCUUCUGGCUGCAUGGAGUUGGCGUUGAAGGAAAAAAGAGAGUUGAAGGCAGCAGCAGAGAAGAGCCGAAAAGGAGGCCGAUCUGACAAUUCGAACAAGGCAUCUUCAAAGAUGCUAUGGAGGGCAUUCCAAUUCGCAUACCGAGUUUACACAUUCGCCGGUGGACACGACGACCGUGCUGAUAGACUGACCAGAGAAUUGGCUGUAGAAAUAGAGAGUGAAUCUCAUCACCUAUGAUUCUCUCCCCUCUUUUAAAGUUGUUUUCCCCUCCUUUCUUCUUCUUUUUGGCUGUUAAGAGAAAAAAAAAAAAGAACUUUUUUUAAAACACUGAAUCAUGUGAGAUCAGUGGUUGGUCUUACACCAUAUCUAGCAUUUUACUGUUUGGAAUGAAUUUAUUGAGUAACGUUUGACAUUUAUGUUGAAGUGCUAAACCUUUUUCCUCUAUCUGGAUAGGACCCUGUAAAAAAACUAUGUAAUUAAUAUGAGCUCUUAUGAUGCUAUGCAUACAUUACAUAUAUUAUAUAUACACAACUUAUUUACAAA